AUGGCGAAGGGAGGUGGAGGCCAGCGCGAGGGUAGCGCCCUGAAGACGGCGGUGAUCGUCGCCGGGGGGCUCGCGCUCGCAUGGGUCACCGUGGAGACCGCCUUCAGGCCCUUCAUGGACCGCCUCCGCGCCGCCAUCUCCCGCUCCACCGACACCGCCCGCGACCCCGACCAGGAGGAGGCCCCCGCGCCUGCCGCUGCGGCCGAGGCGGAGGAGGAGAAGGCGCCCGCACCAGCGGAGCCGUCCGCGCCGCCGGCCCCGGCCGAGGUGGAGGAGAAGGUGGCCGAGUUGGAGGAGGCCGCCGCCGCCGCCGCCGCCGACAAGGCCGAGUGA